AUGGAACACAGCACUAGCAACGAGGCUGCGGGUGACGCUUCCAGUGUUGGAGCACCUCAAGCUACUCGACCAAAACGCAAGGUGACUUUGUCGCUAAAGGCAUUGGAAAGGUUCGAGUCUGAUAAAGAAGAAUUGGAAGUCAAGUUAGACAGGGCAUGGGAGGAAACGGAAGUGUGCCUGUCGAACAUUUCAACUACUGCUUCUGCCGAGGUCAUACAACGGACGCUGAACGAGUUAAGGGCCAGCUUCAAAGGGUAUCAACUUCUCUCGGAAAAGUAUUUUACCUUCCUCACACGGAUCGACACCGAGGAGAGCCUCCAAGUACGAGACGUACAAAAGGCUAUUGAUCAAGAACGCGAUACUUUGGUCCAGAGGACAGUUAUAGAAGCAAAGCAGCGUUUGGAGAGCCUUCUGGAAACAGCUUCGCUUCGUUCUAAUUAUUCCGGACAUUCCACGCUUUCAAGACGUUCCAUGAGAUCUGCGCGGUCCAACAUUUCUUCUGUGAGUGCGUCAGCAGCGAGAGCGAGGGCCGAUGCUGAAGCUGCCAAGGCCCGCUCGGCUUACAGUAGGAAGGAGGCAGAAACGAAACUUGAAAGAGCUCGUAUGGUGGAGGAAGAACAGAUGGCAGCUGCUGCCGCCAGGCGCAAGAGAGUGGAAUGGGAGGCCAACUUACAAUUACUUCGGGAAGAGAAGGAAGCAGCUGCGGUCGAAGCGCAGGCCAGGACACUUGAGGCAGCUGCUGACACAGAAACCGCUAAACUCGACGACGUUACAGUGGAUGGAGAUGGUUCGGUCCAGCAAGCCAAAGAUUACUUGCUACACCGAACUAUAAACCUAGACGACGGUUCACGUAUGGCUGGACGAAGUUCACUUGGAACAGACGACUUACAGCUUCAAAGGACUGAUGCUCACGGCGGAGACAUACACGGAGCACAGACCAAUACGAGCACGAGUCUUCCACGCUGUAAUCCACACGCGUCUUGGCAAACGGAUAUACCAAAGCAGUCUUACAACGCAAGCACGCUCGGAACUGGUUUAGAGAUGUGUUCUUCUGCUCCUUUGAACGUAACGCCUGCGAGCAUUAUACCUACUGGUCAACGGAUGGAAAUGGACCCUCUUCACGCGGCUUUAAGGCCUGAAGUCGAAGAAUUUAGAAUGGCCAACGCUCGCCACGAGCCUGUUAACCAUGUGCCAGUCACAGAGGCCGUCGACAGAACGACGACAGAUUUGGCAAAGUUUCUUCUCCGACGAGAACUGGUUAACACUGGCCUCGCCAAAUUUGAUGAUCAGCCCGAAAACUACAUGUCGUGGAAGUCAUCAUUCAAAAACUCUAUCGACCACUUGGGUAUCACCGCAAGUGAAGAAUUUGACCUUCUGGUCAAAUGGUUGGGAAGCGAGUCCUCGCAGCACGUGAAACGGCUCAGAUCAGUGCACGUAGGCAAUCCUUCUGCAGGGCUGCAGUUAGCGUGGGAGAGGUUGGAGGAAUGUUAUGGUAGUCCGGAAGCCAUCGAGAGUGCUCUCCUGAAAAGACUUGAAGCCUUCCCCAAGAUCUCCAACAGUGACCACCGCAAGUUACGAGAACUGGGAGACCUGCUUUUAGAAUUGGAAUCAGCAAAGGCAGAUCCUCGCCUACCGGGACUGGGUUACCUAGACACAGCUCGAGGUGUGAACCCCAUCGUGGGAAAAUUGCCAUAUGGCCUUCAGGAGAAAUGGAUGACGCAAGGGUCAAGAUACAAAGAAGAAAAGAGGGUAACAUUCCCUCCAUUCUCCUUCUUUGCAAAGUUCAUUCGGGACAUAGCAAAGACCAAAAACGACCCAAGCUUUCAUUUCGGUUCAUCCACUUCUUUCAACACUACUCGUCUAAGAGACGACAGAACCCCACCUAGGAAUGCCAGUAACAGGACAUCAGUCGCUGUCAAGAAAACAGAUAUUCUGUCAAAGGCAUCCGAUCCUGGCCCUACGGCAUCUAGGGGCAAGCCUGUCAAAGAUGCAAGCAAAGAAUGCCCUCUGCAUCGGAAACCACAUCCGCUGAACAAAUGCCGUGGCUUCCAAACCAAGCCUCUGACGGAACGGAAGGCUUUGCUCAAGGAGUUCGGGAUCUGCUUUAGGUGCUGCUCGUCGUCGGACCACUUCUCCAGAGACUGUGUGCAGGUCAUAAAAUGCGCGGUGUGUGGCAGUGAAGGACAUGCAUCUGCCCUCCACCCAGGUCCUGUCCACCAAGACACCAGCACAUCAGCAGGUGAUGUGCAGCACGGCGGGGAGGAUGACGUUCAUCCUUUGUCAACUAAAGUGAUGUCUAAAUGCACAAGUGUGUGCGGAAGCAACACUUGGGGUAGGUCUUGCUCGAAGAUAUGUCUAGUCAGAGUGCACCCAAAGGAUAAGCCGGACCUAUCAUUCAAGAUGUACGCUGUACUGGACGAUCAGAGCAACCGGUCGCUUGCCAGGCCGGCCUUUUUCGAUGUGUUCGGCGUGCAGGGAGAUGAAUCCCCCUACACACUCAAAACAUGCGCUGGGACAGUUGAGUCAUCGGGAAGACGAGCAAGUGGAUAUGUGGUAGAGUCCAUCGAUGGACGUGUAAGAGUUCCACUACCCACACUCAUCGAAUGUAUGCAAAUUCCCGACGACAGGAAUGAGAUUCCUACGCCAGAAGUGGCGCACCAUCAUCCACACUUGAAGAAAAUAUCUGGUUUAAUCCCGCCUCUGACGGACGACGCCGAAAUACUGCUUCUACUCGGCAGGGACGUUUUGCAGGUGCACAAGGUACGGCAACAACUGAAUGGUCCCAACAAUGCUCCGUAUGCCCAAAGGCUGGACCUCGGCUGGGUGGUAGUUGGUGAUGUCUGCAUCAAUGGGAUGCGGAAGCCAGACCGUAUCAGUACAUUUACCACUACACUGCUAGAGAACGGCCGCGCGAGCACUUUUACUCCGUGUCCAAGUCAUGUCUUCAUCAAAGAGAAUGUCGCACAAGGUGCUGCGAUAGCCAACUUGACGUCGAUGCCAGCUUGGUCAUGCGAUACGUUGUCGUACAUCCAAGGGCUGGGUGACUCUGUGUUUGAGACGUCGAAGGACGACAACAAGCUCGCUCCUUCAAUUGAGGACAAGCAGUUUCUGGAAAUAAUGAACAAGACAUUCGCCAAGGAUGAAGCAAACAGUUGGGUUGCUCCGCUUCCCUUUCGCACAAGGAGGAGUCCACUACCGGACAACAGGGAACAAGCACGAAUUCGGUUUGCCUCGGUCUGCCGUACCUUGGAGAAAAGACCGGAUAUGAAAGAACACUUCUUUACGUUUAUGGGCAACAUCUUUGCCAACGGACAUGCUGAGUUAGCCCCGGAACGACAAGAAGGAAAAGAAGUGUGGUACCUUCCUAUUUUCGGCGUAUAUCACCCGAAGAAGCCGGAACAGAUACGUGUUGUUUUCGACUCGAGCGCGAAGUUUCGUGGGACAUCCCUAAAUGACGUCCUUCUAACUGGGCCUAAUCUUGGAAACAGUCUUUUAGGAGUACUAAUUCGGUUCCGUAAGGAACCCUUCGCCAUCACCGCAGACAUUCAACAAAUGUUUUACUGCUUCAUCGUUCGUGAGGAGGACAGGGAGUACCUAAGAUUCCUCUGGUUCCGCGACAACGACCCGAAGAAGGAUGUUGUGGAGUACAGGAUGUGCGUCCACGUAUUCGGAAACAGCCCAUCGCCAGCUGUUGCAACGUAUGGACUUAAGCGAACCGCCCUUGAAGGUGAAAGGGAGUAUGGUACCGACGCCAGGCGAUUUGUAGAGCGAGAUUUCUAUGUGGAUGACGGGCUGAAGUCCCUCCCUACCGAAGAAGCCGCCAUCGAUCUACUCCAGCGAACGAAGGACAUGCUGGCUGUAGCAAACCUGAGGCUGCACAAAAUAGCCUCCAACAGCGUCGCAGUGAUGAAGGCUUUCCCAUCUGAGGAGCAUGCGAAAGAUCUGAAAGAUCUAGACUUGAGAACUGACUCCCCUCCGACACAAAGAAGCUUGGGCCUAAGUUGGAACAUUAAACAUGAUGCCUUCACCUUCCACGUUCCUCCCAACAAGAAGCCACACACCAGGCGGGGUCUUCUGUCUACAGUUAAUAGUUUGUACGACCCUCUUGGAUUCGCAACUCCUGUCACUGUACGUGGUCGGCUGUUGUUGAGGGAACUGUCCACCUUGACAGAAGAUUGGGACGUCGAACUACCACAAAGUAGUGAAUGGGAAGUUUGGAGGGACUCUCUAUCAGAUCUCGAAGAUAUCGAGAUACCUCGUACCUACUCGGGUAUAUCUCUCGCCACGGCGUGUCGUAAGGAGCUCUGUAUAUUUUCAGAUGCCUCAACAAAAGCCAUUGCUGCCGUGGCUUACUUAAAACUCACGGAUGCUCGUGGUCAUAACCAUGUCGGGUUCAUCCUCGGGAAAGCCAAGCUCGCACCGAAACGUGGACAUACAAUUCCAAGACUCGAGUUGUGUGGGGCGGUGCUCGCAGUGGAAAUGGCUGACGUUAUCAUCAGCGAGCUCGACGUUUGCCUUGACGAGGUGAAGUUCUACACCGACAGCAAGGUGGUACUCGGCUACAUAUACAACGAGUCCAGGAGGUUCUACGUAUACGUAAGCAAUAGGGUCGAAAGGAUCCGGAAGUCAUGUCAGCCCAAACAGUGGAAUUAUGUUCCCACUGAACAGAACCCUGCUGACAUUGCCACACGGGCAGUAUCGGCUGAUCGCCUUGCAAAGACAACGUGGUUAACUGGCCCUAACUUUUUGUACAAGACAGACGACUCGGGCUCAGAUUUUGAAUGUCAAACGUUUCGAUUGAUAGACCCUGAGGCAGACGAGGAGGUUCGUCCUGUGGUGACCACCCUUGCUACCAGCGUGUCGUCGCAGCGUCGGCUGGGUGCUCACAGAUUCGAGCGGUUUUCAAGAUGGACGAUUCUCAUUCGAACAAUAGCGAAUCUUCUGCACAUCGCUCGCUCAUUUCAUUCUCGGGGUGAUACUGCAUCGGUGUCCUGUCGACACUGGCACAUUUGCCUCGAGCCCAGGACUAAUGAAGAACUUUCCGCUGCAAAGAAACUCGUCUACAGAACCGUCCAAGGCGAAAUGUUCUCGAGUGAGAUUCGAUGCAUCCAAAAUGAGCACAGACUACCGAGGAACAGCCCACUUUGGAAGUUGAACCCCUAUAUGGACGAGGAUGGCGUCAUGAGAAUCGGAGGACGACUUCAGAACUCGACACUUGACCAAGACGGACGGCACCCUGUCAUCAUGCCCCGUCGACAUCAUAUUACUACACUACUGGUCCGACACCAUCACGAAAGGGUUGAGCAUCAAGGCCGCCAUUUCACUGAAGGUGCAGUCAGAGCGGCAGGAUUGUGGAUUGUGGGAGCAAAAAGCUGCAUCGGCUCGAUGAUUCACAAGUGCGUCAAAUGCCGCAAACUGAGGAGCAGACCUCAGAAGCAAAUCAUGGCUGAUUUGCCAAGAGACAGACUUAGCAUGGACCCACCGUUCACCUAUGUGGGCCUCGACGUGUUUGGACCAUGGAAGGUUAAAGCGCGCAGAACUAGAGGUGGACUCGCACAUAGCAAAAGGUGGGCUGUGUUGUUUACUUGCCUGUCCGUACGUGCGAUACACAUUGAAGUCAUUGAAUCGAUGGAUUCUUCGAGCUUCAUCAACGCUCUCAGACGGUUCUUGUCUAUUAGAGGUCCGGUUAAACUGCUGCGGUCCGAUUGCGGAACCAAUUUCGUCGGUGCGUGCAAAGAGUUGAAGAUCAACACUGCGUCGCCUGGUCACAACGAUGUUGGCAAAUAUCUGCAAACUCAAGAAUGCACGUGGGUUUUCAAUCCACCUCACGCCUCUCACAUGGGUGGUGCUUGGGAGCGCAUGAUCGGGAUUGUUCGUCGCAUCGUGGACUCUGUGCUUCUAGGCACGAACAAGUCAGUGAUUUCGCACGAUAUGCUUGUCACACUCUUUGCGGAGAUCGCAGCGAUCGUAAAUAGCAGACCUUUGACUCCGGUGUCAACAGAUCCGGAAAACCCAACGAUUUUGACUCCAAGUAUGAUUCUCACUCAGAAGACGGGUAGAAACCCUCCACCUCCUGGAGAAUUUGGGCAUGACAAUGUCUACCGACGGCACUGGAAACAAGUGCAGUCAAUGGCCAACACCUUUUGGGACCGCUGGAGGAAGGAAUAUCUUCCAACAUUGCAGGGCCGUCGCAGGUGGCAAACAGCUCAACGAGACGUCCGAGAAGGUGACAUUGUGUUGCUGAAGGACAAGGAUGCCGAGAGAAAUGAGUGGCCUAUGGGUCGCGUUAUCAAGACUCUACCCAGUUCUGACGGGAGGGUGCGUAAGGUAGAGCUUAAGAUCCACAAGAACGGACUAGUGAAGGUUUUCCAGAGACCCAUUUGUGAAAUUUUCCUUUUAUUAAGUGAUCAUGAACUGUGA